CUACUAGACACAUACACCUUUCAAUUUAAUCCGUUCAAAAACCCAUUUUCCUUUUUUUACAGUACUCCAAACCGUCUCCCACUUUAAUUACCACUAUUUUUAACCUAUUUUUAACUCAAAAAUGAUGCUUAAGCUCUCCACUCCCAUGCUGGCCUUGGCCGCCCUGGCCACCGUUAACGCUCGGCCCGUUGUUUUCCGCGGAGAGACUUACACGUCGGAUAUCGUCCGUAUUAUAAAUGACGUUGCCGAUAUAUUUUUAGUUAAUGAUUCCGAAUUCAACCCACUUUACACGCCAAUAAUUGACGUUGUGAUUGAGCUUGCCUCCGCUAAAGACCAGUCCAACCAAGAGAGGGUCAUUUCCUCAAUGUUUGUGUCGCUCGAUGCUAACAACAACCCCGAGGCUGCGUCUCAAUUGGUUGCGGAUGCUGUUAACUUGUUUGACGGCCUUGAGGAACAACCCACCGAGAUUGUUGGUCUGUACAGCUCGCUCACUUCGGUUCUGCAUAAGCCCUCGGUUGCUAAUGAAAUGACUGCUAUUUUUAGUGAGCUGAUUGAUUUUGUUGCCGGUUUGCGCAGUUUUAUAGACAGACUUGAUGAAAGCGAAAUGGCUAGCGCGGAGGCCAUUGAAGAGGAUAGAGAAUCCAUCAAGACUCAGACUCAGACUCAGACUGAGACUGAAACCAAGACCAAGGCCACUGCCAACCCCGAGCUUGAGUCUGAGGUCAAGUCCAUGGCUGAGUCCGCUGGCCAGGAGUCGACAAAGGAGCAGGAAGAGGAAAAGCUGGCGGAGGAUAGCGAGGAUGCAUCGGUCAGUCACUCCAAGGUUUCUGGCAUCAAGUCCAAGUCAUCUGAGAGCUCGAGCUCGAGCACAGCAAGCACUGGCCACAUUGCCACUGGUCUUCUGUCCGUUAGCGUCGUUGCCGGUAUGAUCGCCGCUCUUUUCUAAAAAGGUUUUCGUGAUUUUUUAUUUUAAAUAAAAACAUUUAUUAAGUUUAAAGUAAAAAAUAAA